AAAAUGCAAAGCUGAUGUUUUUACGUCAGUAGCCAAGUUAGAGGUCCUUUUAUUGAAAGAGAUACAGGAGUUGGAAAAUAUUGAAAAGUAUAUAGAAGCAGAGGAAUUUCGAAUAACGGAACUAAAAAGGAUAAGUCGAAGUAUAAAAAUGAUGAAUCCGGUUAAUACAAGCAGGGAUAGAGAGAUGUACAUCACGCACCCCAUAAACGCGUUCCAUUUGGUGAGAAGGGCGGCAUUCGAAUGGGAUUAUAUGUAUGCUCUACUGAACGACCAUUCGCCACAUGAACGCUUUACGAAUGAUACAACCCAUGUUGAGAUAGGGGACAAUGACUAUAUUGGCUCCAUUGAUGCCUUACUUCGUAUACAGAGUGUCUAUGAACUCAACACAUCUGAUAUGGCACUGGGGAAAAUCUCCGGGCGAAGGUCCAUUGAGCACGUAUCAGCAGAGGAAUGUAUUGACAUAGCUCGUGUUUCGGCAGAAUCACCGCUAAUACCAAAUGCUGCUGAAAUAAGUGGAAUCUGGGCCAAAGAAGCAUUGCUUCACAAUCCAUCAACAUUGGACAGAUAUGAGGCGAUGUUAAUCCAGGCGGAGUCAUUGAAAAGGAUUGGACGGAUAAAAGAGUCAAUGUUGAUUGCGAACAGAACAACGAGACUACAAAUUGCCAACAAUAUAGAUUUGUAUAAGGACUUUGACGCUAGAUGGGAUGCUAUAGGAAAUCAAACCUCGAACGACCAUGGCUCUGAUAAAGACCAUGAACCACGUGGCAAUCAUAACCCCAUAAAUGAAGAGCAGUGGCUUGAAGAUGAAUACAGAAGUCUGUGUCGUGGAGAAACUAAAAAGACACCGUUGGAAAGUAAAGGUUUGAUAUGCCAAUACAGAAAAGGGGCAUAUGCAUAUGCCGUAUUCAAAGAGGAAAUCCUACACACAGAUCCUUUGAUUGCGAUGUUCCAUGAUGUUAUUACAGACGAAGAAGUCGCGUUACUUAAACAGCUAAGUCUUCCAAAUCUUGACAGAGCUCGUGUUGGUGAUGACGAAUUUUCUGAUAUACGAAUUAGCCAAGUAUCUUGGAUCGCUGAUGAAGAUGAUCCGCGCGUUUCGCGUUUAACCAGGAGGAUCAAGCACGUGACUGGACUGGAGACAGAAACUGAUAACAUCCUUUUACCAAAUGCUGAAGAUUUCCAGGUGCUGAACUAUGGCAUGGGAGGGCAUUACGAGGUGCAUUUCGACUUUAAUAAAGAGGAUGAAGGUGGUGGAAAUAUAUCAGAGCAUAUAAGGCUGUCUGGUGAUAGACUGGCGACAUUUCUAUUCUACCUGAAUGACGUAGAAGCAGGUGGGGCAACUGUCUUUCCUCGUGCCAAGGUCCGAGUUCCUCCGGUAAAGAAUGCCGCUGCUUUCUGGUUCAAUUGUAAACGAAGUGGAGAGUUCGACUAUCGGAGUCUACAUGCAGGUUGUCCAGUCAUCGUUGGACAAAAAUGGGUGGCUAACAAGUGGAUCUUGGAGAAAGGACAGAUAUUCGCACGUCCAUGUGGUUUAUCACCUUCAACACGAGACGUAUAGUGCAUCAAGUAGCAAUUAUUGCAGAGGAGACCCAUAUAUGUCUUCGUAAUAUAUCUGCGUAAUGUACCUGCGAAUAUACAAAUGUGCGAAUAGCUUCAAGGGAUAAAAGGAUGGCAGCUAGAGCAUCGCAAAGAGCGCAAUAGAGAAAGCUUUGGCAGUGGUGUACCUGAGUUAUUUCCAUCAAUCGCAUAGCUCUCUUUUGUUAUAUAGCUGAAGCCCAAUUGAGGGGUUCGUAUGGGCGUAGCCAAGAUCGAAAAGUAUUUUAUAUCGCUAGCAUUGGACAUAAAA